AUGCUUCCUGGAUCUCAGCAGUCGCGCAACCCGAUCCUCAGCAUCCAUGCGACCAGCUCAACAGUCACGAUGUCGGACCAACAGUCGUGCUGCCUAGCUCUCGACAGCCGCGCUACCCAGUUUUUGUUAACACUUGUGUUGCCUAUCUUUUUCAACAGCUGCGUUGCCCGGUUUCCAGCAACUUCGGGUGACAGUAGAUCGAAAGAGCAACCUCAUAGUUCAACCCUUGGGAGUCUUAUUGCCCAACUCUCACUCCACUGUCCGGCUCCCAGUAGCCUCGCUGCAUGCUUCUCGACAGAGUCAUUAGAAGAAGUGACACCAGUCGUCACUACAGCUAAUGAUGGAGUAAUGCAUCAUGUGGCAUCAUACUUCGGCCCAGGCCGGACACAUAGAUUGUCGGCCGCUAUGCCCCAUUCUGCAAAGUUCAGUACCUUUGCCUUGAGUCUCCUGGCUUCCCAGCCCGACUCCGUUAUAGCGGCAAGCUCCGCAUACGAGUACCCUUGCCUUGACUUCUCAGCCCGACUCCGGCAAGCUCCACCUGCAAGGUUCAGCAUCCUUGCCUUGAGUUGCUUGGCUUCCCCGCCCAACUCCAUUCUUGCGGCAAGAUCCGCAUGCAAGGUUCAAAACCCUUGCCUUGAGUCCCCUGGCUUCUUAUCCCGACUCCAUCAUAGCGGCAAGCUUCACCUGCAAGGUUAA